AACCAAUGUUCGGCGCAGCCAGCGGAUCACCCGGAGCCGUUUCUCGGUCGGACACUAACACGGAAUUAGCCUCAGCAAAGCAAAGCCAGCCAAAGCAGCGACUAACAUCCGCUGAAAUAAUCCCUUCAGAGCCGGUCCGUCGUUCAGUAGCAUGAAAAAUAUGUUAACCAUUAUCUCUAACGCACUCUGUAGGAUCACUGGCAAGAAUGUGGGAGCCCAAACAGUGUCCGAGUUGCUGAUUGACCUGUCAGAGUACGUCAGUAUAACCUCGCCGGCGGCGCCCGCCUUGGCUCAGACGCAGCGACAACCACCUAAACCACCACCAGUCAGUACUAGGGCGCCUGCUGCUCAGUUAGUUAGCGCCCAGACCGACCAGCUAGACGCACCAGGUGCCAGAGUCGUGGUUUCCCGCUCCUACGCAGACUUCACCUCUCAGGCGACCUUCGACAUCAAGAAAUGCGACGUGCACCGUCUGGAGGAGGGCCCCCCGCUGAAGGCGGUGCUGACCCGGGAGCAGGGUCUGCACUAUUACCGCAUCAUGCAGACGGUGAGACGCAUGGAGCUCAAAGCAGACCAGCUCUACAAACAGAAGAUCAUCAGAGGCUUCUGCCACCUGUAUGACGGACAGGAAGCCUGUGCAGCGGGCAUCGAGGCGGCCAUCAACCCGUCCGACCACCUGAUCACGGCGUACCGCGCCCACGGCUACACGUACACCCGCGGCGUCUCCGUCAAAGAGAUCCUGGCCGAGCUCACAGGUCGUAAAGGAGGCGUGGCCAAAGGGAAAGGAGGCUCCAUGCACAUGUACGCGCCACAUUUCUACGGAGGCAACGGCAUCGUGGGAGCUCAGGUUCCUCUGGGAGCCGGCAUCGCUCUGGCCUGCCAGUACCAAGGCAACAACCAGCUCUGUGCCACGCUGUACGGAGACGGAGCAGCAAACCAGGGCCAGCUGUUCGAGUCCUUCAACAUGGCGGCGCUGUGGAAGCUGCCGUGCAUCUUCAUCUGCGAGAACAACAAGUACGGCAUGGGGACGUCUGUGGAGAGAGCGUCGGCCAGCACCGACUACUACAAGAGAGGAGACUUCAUACCAGGAAUCAGAGUGGAUGGGAUGGAUGUUCUGUGUGUCAGAGAGGCCACAAAGUUCGCUGCAGACCACUGCAGAUCAGGAAAGGGUCCCAUCGUCAUGGAGCUGGAGACCUACCGUUACCAUGGACACAGCAUGAGUGACCCAGGCGUCAGCUACCGAACUCGUGAGGAGAUCCAGGAGGUUCGCAGUAAGAGCGACCCCAUCACCAUGCUGAAGGAGCGCAUGCUCAGCAACAACAUGGCGGCUGUGGAGGAGUUCAAGGAGAUCGACAUAUCGAUCCGUAAGGAGGUGGAGGAGGCGGCUCAGUUCGCCACCUCGGACCCCGAGCCGCCGCUGGAGGAGCUCUGCAACCACAUCUUCAAGAACGACUCCCCGAUGGAGGUCCGCGGCACCAACCCCUGGAUCAAACUCAAGUCUGUCAGCUAGACUCACACACUCUGAUACACUCUGAUCUUCCACCUGAGACGAAACCAACAGCCCGAACAUUUAGAUCAUUCCUGCACCUUAACGGGCCUGAAACCUGUCAGUGUUAUUUAUUUAUAGUUUUAUAGAGAAAGAUUUUACAUUUAUUCUUUGAGCUGUCACUUGGUUGUUGUUGUUUUUUUGUUUUGUUUUUUCAUUUUCGAGAUUUGUGAGCAGCUGUGUGCACUUUUUACAGGUUUCAAAUAAUUUCAGGGCUUCGUCCUAUACGCACAAAACUUAGCGGACCUCUUUUCCUCUUCUUCUCCCCCUGAAUGUGACUUUCUGUUCUUAUUCAAACACUUUAUCGUAGCAGCAUUUUACCUGUUUUCAGACAAAUUAUAAACUCAUGUUAUAACCCCACAGUUUUAAUCUAGCAAGGAACCUGCAGAGAGUUAAAAGGUUGAGAUGAAACUAGAAAAUCUCUAAAGAAAGUUUUGAGUGUGCUUGACUCUGGCUUUGGUAGCCAAGCAACCAGGGUGAGCUAGCGGCCACCAAUCAGAGCAGAGCAAUCAACUGAAAUCAGCUGCUCCUGUGACAUUUGACGCCACUGAGAGAGGGUUGAAAAACAGCAGAAAGUUCCCCUCGAACAGAAAGCAUUUUUGGCCAAACCAUAGUUCCUAUCAUUGAUCCGACUUCACUUUGAGCAUCCGGAGUUCUUCCUGAACGUCUACAUAUGUGUUUUGUGAAGAAAAAUGAAGCUUUACAGAAGUAAUUUAUACAUGGAAACGUAGGAAAAUUGGUCUUCUCCCUCACAUUGGUCUGCCAGAGUGGCAUCUGCGGCUUCGAGCGCAGUUUCCAAAUUUAUUUUUUGACAAUUUUUUUUCUCUCCCUCUGCACUCUAAGCGAUGAUGUCAUCCACUCUAGCCUCUCCAUAGGGUAACAUGAGUGGGAUUUUUUGGCGUGUUUUUGCCGAAUAAUUUAAAAAUAGUUUCUUGAAACCCUUAGAAAAGACAUGGCACACUUGUCAUGGCCGAGCCGGUCGAUUUGAUACCUUUUUAAGGGUAUGUGCGACCAAAACCCCAGGAGGAGUAGUCGACUGGAAAAAAAACAUGGAAGAAACGGAAGAAUAAUGGGAAAAAGCCCGGUGGAUAGUCUAUAGUGUGCUCUUACAAAAACAAUAAAUGGAUGUUACAUGGUGAAGGAACUGGCGGCAACUUCAGGGGAGAAAAAACAAUCAAUCAUGAAUAUUUAACGUCAGUUCACUUGAGUUUUUUGUCUUUUCAGACCUCCUUUUUGUUUUAGUUCAAACUGUUUUUAAGACGGUGCAGGAAAGGACCCACUACAGGACAGGUAACACUAUAAUCCUUUUACUUUAGGUCCAACAUUUGAGGUGUUUUACUCUUUAUGUUACUUUAUUUCGCUACAUUUCAGAGGAAAAUAUUCUACUUUUUAUUCCACAACAUGAACGGUCAAUAGACUGCACUUGUAUAGCACUUUUUCUAGCCAUAGCCACCAUUAUAUAGCAAAUAUAAUCAAAUAAAAUGACAUUAUUACAGAUUAAACUCCACAGUAUAUAUAAGGUUGAAAUACUCCCUUUACCAGCUGCAGCAGGGAAUACUUGCAUAAUUUUAAAUACUUUUUGAAACCCAACAAAAACAAAUGAAACAAAAAAUAGGGUCUGUGUGAAGCCGAAAAUUGGCCUUGUGCAGUUUUACUUUUACUUACAGGGUUUCUACACAUAAUUUAAAAUACACUUUGAAUUUUUCUGAAUUUUCAGAUCUGGUUAAGUGUGGAAAAAAAAUUAGUUUCCAGUCUUUUCUUGUAUGUUAAGGUCUCAAAUGGCAUUCAUUUAAUGAAUAUUUAUCAAUUAUUUGACUUAAUUUACAGCUAAGAUAUUCCUUUUGAUAAGUCCCAAAAUGGAUAAAUCAACAAUAAAAUAAUAAUGAAAAGAAACAAGCAAUAUUGACAAAAAAUAUUAAAGUAUUAACCCUUUAAACAAUAAGAAAUGUAAAAUUCGGAACAAUAUAAACAGCUGUAAAUUGCACUAUUACACAAAGAAAAAAUUUAUAUUGCAGACAUAAUAUACAAAUUUUUAAGUAUUACUCUUUAAUUUAACAAAUAAUGCAUACAUGAUAAAAAUGUAAUGUGCUUCUUUAGCAUUGCAGCUUGAGUAAAAGUCAGUUAUUUGGCUACAUGACAUCAUAUUGUCAGAAUAUAUCAUGCUUGCAAAAAUUGGAUUUUAAAACCAUUUAUUGGCAUAAUAAAUGUGCAGAUUUUUGAACUCGUAUGUCAAAUAUAGUUGCAAAAAACUACCAAGAAGUCUGGAAAAGUGUAGAAUUUUUAAAAGGAAACUGUGUAGGAACCCUGUACUUCAGUAAAUUCUGCUUUACAAGCUGCAUAUUUGUUUGUUUUAAGUUAUUUCUGAAUUUUAAGAUGACUGUUGAUCAGUGCAUCAAAGCCCCAAAACUACAAUAUUUACAUUCAGCAGAGAUUUUAUUUAUUAAAAGAGAAAUACAGAGCAACAUUUACAAACAUAAGUUGAUCGAUGAUUGAUGGAAGCACUGAUAUAAUAUUUUACAGUUUAUUUGCACACCUUUUAGUCUCUUUUGUAGAAUUGUGUGACUGCUUCAUGUGAAGAUGCAUUAAAUCUGGAGCCACUAACAGCAGCGACAGGAUCCUCCUCAUGUUCCUAUAAACGUUUACCGUUACUGGACCUGAACUUGUACAGAUACCAAGCUUUACUUGUCUGUUUGUGUGUGUUGGACUGAGAGACUGUUUAAUCUGUUUGGCUGUAAAAUAAAUGCAAUAGGAAAGUGUGAAGAUAAA